GCUUCUAAGAACCAUAUUUGUUUACCAUAUAUCACGUGGGUUUCGUUGCUACAAACUAACACGUGAGUUGGUGACGUGCUACCCUUGGACUUUCUUCUAUUAUUAACCUUGAGUGUGUUUGCUAUUCUUACUGCUACAACACGAACAAUAGCACCGAGUGAGUUUAUUUCUCUGUCUUUGUUACUCGCUCUAAAAUUUGAGUAAAAUUAAUAUGAAUAUUUACUAAUUGAUCUUGAUUGAUGAUAUAUAUUCAACUAGGGCAGAUUGUUGACAUACGAGAAUAUCCUAAAUUGAAAAAUGAAGAUAAAAUUAGAGCCAGAAAAUGAAUAUUUAGAAUUUACAUUUAACCGAGGUGAUGAAAAGUUUCAAGUUUUAAAGAAUUGCAAGAAAGAAUUUAAUACGGAUAACAAAAAGUUCUGUAGAAGAAUUAAAUCAGAAUCUUCAGAAUAUAAAAAUAUACAGAUAAGUACUUAUGAAAAUUUAAAUUCAAGAAAUAACAGAAAUAAUUCCAAUAUUUGGAGUAAUUCUGAUUUUAAUAGUGAAAUAGAUUGUAAGAAAAAGGAAAUAAAAGAGGAGAAAUAUGACAUUAAACUAGGCAUAAAAUCAGAAUGUAAGGUUGUUUUAAAAAGAUUGAAUUUUAAAGUAAAAACUGAAGAUUGUAAACGAGUUCAUCUCCCAUAUAAAUACGAAGAUUUAAAGCCUGUCAAGAACGAAUUCUUCAUUCCCGACGGAAAUUCUAACAGGAAAGAACAGAACAUACAAAUUAAUGAGAAAGAAGUGAGUGAAGAAUACGAUAUUCAGCACAAUUCAGAAAGACAAAAGUGUAAUGCAAACAAGACGAAAUUCGUCCCUUCAAUUAGAAAAUACAACAGCAAAAUCCAAGGAAAGAUUAAAAAAAAAUAUUUCAGAGUAACUCUUUCAUCUCACUCGAAACAAAAUCACAAAUGUGAUUUAUGUAAACAGACUUUUGUAAACAAGGAAAUACUACAAGCGCAUUUGAACUUUCAUAUCGGAAAAAAACCAUUUUGCUGCACAACCUGCAAUCAGAAAUUUUCCUGGCAAUUUCUAUUGAAAAGACACACGAAAGAACACAACAGUACAAAACAAAGCGAAAUUGAUCAUAGUAAACUUCGUUUGCCAUCAUCAUCAAAUGAACGUAAAGUAUCUAAGAGGAAACACUUUCGAUGUGACAUCUGCGAUAAGCUACUUAUAUCAAAGGGCAAUUUAGAGAGGCAUAACAAAACACAUCACCAAGUAUCUCAUUGUUGUAAGAUAUGUAAAAAAGAAUUUCAAACGAGAUCUUCAUUGAGACAACACCAACAAACUCAUAGUGAAGAUCGACCUUUCAAAUGCGAUAUAUGUAAAAAGGGCUUUAAAACAAAUGGCCAGUUAAAAAGGCAUCGUGAAACUCACAGUGAUCAAUGUAAGUAUUCUUGCCAGAUGUGUAACAAAAGUUUUAAAACAAAAUGCUCUUUGACAAAUCAUAAAAUCACUCAUAAUAGAGACUUAAAUCAUUCAUGUCAGAUUUGUAACAAAAGUUUUAAAUCACAGGUGCAUUUAAGAGAGCACGUUGUAAUACAUACCGAUGAACACAAGUACUGUUGUCAGAUAUGUAACAAGCAUUUUAAAACAAAACGCUAUUUGAGACGACAUGAAAGAACUCACAAAGAUAGAAGUGAUAAGUAUUUUUGUAACUUAUGUAAAACAGCAUUUAAAUCCAGAUUUAGUUUCGUUAAACAUCGUUUUGUUCAACAUCAAAAUAUGUUUGUUUGCUGUUAUUGUAAUAAGUCAUUCAAAACUAAAAAUAUGCUGACAGCGCAUUCGAAAACUCAUAUUAAAAAAUGUAAUAUCUGUAAAAAGGAGUUAUUGUCUAAAACCUCUUUAAUCAUUCAUCAGAGAAUUCAUCUUGACAUAAAACCGUAUCUUUGUAAGGUGUGUAACAGACGUUUUAUAUCAAAUUCUGAGUUGAAACGUCACCAAAAUUCUCACAAUAAAGACAGUCUUCGUUUCUUUUGUGAGGUAUGUAAGAAGGGUUUUUACGAUAAAUCUAGCCUGUAUAGGCACCGACCUGUUCAUGAAAAAAAGGAGCAUCUUUGCAUCCAUUGUAAAGGCAGAUUUAAAACAGAAAUUAAACUGAAACUGCAUUUACAAUUUUCUUGUUCAGAAAUACACCCCAAACAAUUACCUUACCAAUGUAAUAUCUGUAAACGGACUUACGUAAAUAGUUAUGAUUUGGAGCAACAUCUACUUGCUUACAAGGAUCAAAUACACUUCUGUUGCGACGUUUGUAAGAUGAAAUUUACGUCGAAAAUCGAAUUUCAAACUCAUCAAAAGACAGCUCAUCCACAAGGAGGAAAGUAUAAAUGCGAAAUUUGCAGUAAGACAUUUCGGACACAGACUUAUUUAAAUAGACAUAUGAAAAUAAAUACCGAUUCAGGCGUUAAAAAAUGUGAUGUUUGUGAUAAGAAAUUUUGUUCGUUUAUUACUUUAAAACUUCACGUGCAAAGCCAUCUUUUAGAAUAGAAUUUUAUGUGUGAAAUACAUAGUUUUUUACUAAUAUACGAAAUAUAUUAUACAGGGCAAUAGGUUGAAAUAUUUAGAUUUUCCUGAUUGCUUCUACCGCUAUUUUGUUGGUAAUAAUUGCCUGCAAUUUGAAAAAACUGUUGAUCUAUUUUGCACUGUUUUUCUGAAUGUCUGUAUUUGCUUAAUCUCGAAGACCGAAUAAGAUAGAUAGAAGUGGUGACAAGAUAGGCCCAGAUUAACCAGUGGACAGUUUCAGAUUGCAACGGAAGCAGGUUAUUUUAAUUAACAGUUUCUACUGAAAAUAGUUAGCUACAAGACGGCACGACUGUAUUGCUCGCAAGAAAGUACACGGGUAAUCCCCCUACUAAUUUGAAAUGAAAAAAUACCAUCUUUAAAAUAAAAUAAAUUAAAAAUACGAUUAAAAAUGCAGCACAGCGUAGUGAUGAUGUUUGCAGUUAAAAGUUUUUUUACAUGUAAAAAGCCAUGAAAGAUAUGUUCUUUGUACGUUAUCUUGUUUGUAAUUUGUGUUAAAAAUUUAUUUUAAUUAAGAAAAACCAGCAAUUUUUAUUAUGACAUUCCCACAAUGAUGGGCUGCAGUUUUUACUCAUAUUUUUAAUUUAUUUUCUUCAAUUUAUUUAUAUGGUCUCUUCUUGAAAUUAGUAAUGUGUUGCUUCUGUACACCAUACUUUUCGUUUAACAAUAGAGUCGUGCCGAUCGUCUAUCUAACCCCUUUCACGAGAAAACUUAAAAUAAGGUAUAAUAUCUUCCGGUUUACAUCAGAAGUUCUUACGUACUUAAUCAUGGUCUUCGGACUGUACGGUUUCCUCGUCUGAUAUGGUUUUUCGGAUUUCAUCCAUCCAUUUCUGUUCUCGAGAUUAACAAAAAAGCGAUACUGACAGACAGCGGGAAUUUUCAGAUCUACAGAUUUUUAAGAUUGCAGCCCAACAAGAUAUUCAAAAUAGAAUCAAUCAGUUAUUGUAAUAACAAAUGUUGAAUUCUUUAUGAAAUCAAUUUUUAAACGUUCUAAGAUGU